UCAGCUCCACAGCGGAGAGGAGCAGCCACCUUCAACCAGACAUCAAAAAUAGCCCCGGGGCAGGGAGGGGACUGGGCUGGAGGAUCCAAAAGAAUCAUGUGGACAACUUUAUCCUCCCAUAACACAGAAACAGAUAGCGAGGAGGACUGAAGAUCCAGUAACCCAAUGAUACACAACUGGAUAGGCUAGAAACCCACCAAAUCAGAGGAUCUGAAUCUCUGUUCAAGAAAACCAAGUGUGUGAAUCUAGCGGCCGAUCCUGGAAUAUGAAGCUCAGCGUGGCAUUGUGUUUUGCUGGGGUGUUUGGGGCUUUGGGAGCAGCAUUUAUCUUCCUUUCUUUUGGAACCGAUUACUGGCUUUUAGCCUCACAAACCUGUGACCCAGAAAAUAAGGACUCCAAAGACAGUCUGACAAUUACGCUAGCCGUUGAUGUGGCGCACAACCAAAGCGGCAAGAUCGUCUCAUUGCAUUAUGGUUUCUUCUGGAUUUGCUAUUCUGGAAUCCCUCUGGAUAAAUUUCUCAACUACACAGGGGCAAUAUCAUCCUGGAAAAAGUCUUCCACAAAACUCUGCUACCUUGGCUACCUGUUCCCGUUCCCACAGCCAGGGCCUACCAACAGUACAACAGAAGACAAUACAGCUAUCAUCUACGGAGGCUUCUGGAGGAUCUUCAUGCUCAUAAGUGUGGCAGCGGUAACUCUCGGAGGGUUCCUCAUCAUCUGUGCGGCUCCGUUUGCCAGUCACUGCUUGUACAAAGCAGGAGGCGGCUUCUUCCUGACGUCUGGUUUUUUCAUGCUGUGUGCCGUGGUGAUGCAUGUGGUGUGGCUUCAGGUCCUGGAUGUGGUCCAAACCUUCAUCAACGAACAGCGAGCUUCCCAUUGUCCAGACUUCACACUGAACCUCAGCUACAGUCUGUCCUUCGUGUUUGCCCUCAUCGGGAUCUUCUUCGCCCUCUUGGCGGGCCUUCUGUUCCUGCUCAUCGGUCGAACUGUAAAGAUCCACCACUGAUUGAAAAGUUUUCUCUUUUCACGCCCGUCUGAUGCCGUGUCAUCGGGACGUUGUGGAUUCUCUCUCUCCUCUGUGGUUUCAAUGAUCUGACAAGCUUGAACAUUUUGGUGUGAGACACUUGUUUUGUUUUCUUGUGCAGUUUUGAUAAAUGGUAGCCUGAGAAACAGUGCGAUGAAAACAUAUUUAUACCCCUUUUACUUUGUCCAUUUUUACGUUUUUAGAUUGUUCAACACAAAGCAGUACAUAAUUGUGAAGAGGCAGAAAAAGAAUAACACUUUUACAGUAAUGGUGUGCAUUGUGUACUCACCCCCAUUUACUCUGUUGCCAAUUAGUGAAGUCCAGAUGAGGCAGGAGUCUAGGAAUUUGAAAAUGUAGCCAACGUUUGAGUAACUCGAUCUCAGCCAAAAUCCAGCUGUUUUGCGAAGGCCUCAGAGGUUUCUUUGAGAACAUUAGAGAACAAUAAACUUUAAGAU